AUGUCGACCAAGAGUUCCGACGGCGGCGGAACCGACGAUAAAGGAGCGGCGCCGGGUCUGAACUUGUUGGCCGAUGUAGCUCAAUUCGUCAGCUUAUGCAAGGAGAAUGGCUGCCGCCACGAAGACCCGAGCUCCUGUUAUAAUCAGCAGGUUAUCAGCAAGAAGCGGAAAUUCCCCCUUCUUCUUGAUAACCAACAACAACACGAAAAAGAUGCCGUCGUCAAGCCAAGGAGGCUUACCAUUCAAUUCGGUAGGGAAGAGCUCCAACCUUCCAUGGCUAGAGAAGAAGAAUUCCGUGGACUAGAAAUGGUCGCGAAUUCGAAUCUCUGCUCUUCCUCUACUUCGAGGAUCCAAAAAGAGCACAAUAGCAGAAAUGAAGAACUAGAGAAGGGCACAAAAUGUUCAAUCCCCUGUCCUUCUAUUAUAAGAAAAAGAUCCAAACAUUUUGGAUUUAUUCGCAGCAGCGUCGAGGUCAAGCGUUCAAGUCCCCACGUUCGUACUAUCGAACCUCGAGGAUCGGGGCGAAAUUCCAAUCCCCUCAGUACUAACCCACAACCGCCGCCGCGCACAGCUGCCCAACAGCUCGGGGCUCUGACAUCCGACCUGCGCCAGAGGAUCGCGGCGGCGACCAAGGGCAGAGUGGCCGACGCGGCGGGGUUCCGGCUCGCGAUCGCCAAGCCGCUGUUCAAGUCGGAUCUCAGCCCGGGCCUGGCGCGGCUGUCGAUCCCGAGCGGCCAGAGGACGUCGGAGUUCCUGACGGCGGCGGAGAAGGCGAGGCUGGCGAGCGACGAGAGGCUCGAGGUCGGGGCGUUCGUGGCGGUGAAGUACCCUGACGUGGCGGUGGAGGUCGGCGGCGAGGUCCGCGUCGGGGAGUGGGAGAUGGGCAGCAGAGUGUGCGUUCUGACGGGGAGAGGUUGGAAAGCUGUUACGCAGAUGGAGGAGCUGGAGCUUGAGAAGGGCGAGGAAGUGGAGCUGUGGAGGUUUGGAUAUGGUGGUGGUGGAGCUGCAGGGGAGAUGGUUGGGUUUGUGCUGGUUAAUGUCAAUUCGCGGCGGCGGUGGUGGCCGGAGCUGGAAAUCGGCGGUGAGGGAGUGGAGAAGGGAGAAGGGGUAGUGUAG